AUGAUCGAAACCCAAGCACUGGUGGUCGACGCCCCCGGCGAGCCCUUCACCCUCCAGGGCAUCCUCCUCUCCUCACCGCAAGCGGACGAGCUAGUGGUAGAUAUGGUCGCGAGCGGGAUAUGUCAUACAGAUCUCAACGUCGCUAGUGGGAACUUGCCAGUAGGCGGAUUCCCCUUUGUCGCAGGGCACGAAGGCGCCGGGAUAGUCCGCUCCGUCGGCUCCCUCGUCACCCACGUCCAGCCCGGGGACCCGGUGCUGCUCUCGCACGCCUCAUGCGGCCAAUGCUGGACGUGUAAAGCACAGCAUCCCACCUACUGCCUGGAGUUCCACUCGCUGAACUUCCUUGCCCGCCGGGCGGAUGGUAGUUGCACGGCUCGCAAUAGUAGGGGGGAGGAAGUAGUAGCCCGGUUUUUUGGGCAGAGCUCCUUUUCCCGCACUUCUGUCGUCCAUUGCUCAAGCGCGAUCCGGGUGCCGAACAUGACGCUGGCGGAGCUGCGCCAGCUGGCACCAUUAGGCUGCGGGCUGAUGACGGGGGCAGCGACGGUACGGAAUAUGCUCUGUGCGAAGAGGGGGGAAGGGGUGGCUAUCUUCGGCGCUGGGGGCGUGGGGUUCGGAGCGCUGUUUUAUGCUCUUUCUGCUGGGUGCAACCCGGUCGUCGUCGUCGAAGUGAACGAGGGCCGACUAGCGCUCGCUGGGGAAUUGGGGGCGACACAUUUGCUCAACCCUACGCGGGUGGGUAAUGUAGGAAGGGCGAUUCGGGAGAUUACCGGUGGGAUGGGCGUACAUUAUUCUGUGGAGACGACGGCGAAGGAGCAGGCACAACUGGCGGCUAUAAAGUGCGUGAGGAAGAUGGGGAAAGUGGGCAUAAUCGGUAGUGGGGGGGAUAGGUAUAUAAACGUAGCGACGGAGACGCUUAUUCUUGGAGGUGCGCAGAUUAUUGGUGUAGCAAAUGGGGAUGCGUACACUCCAGAGUUCAUACCGCACAUGGUGGCUGAAUACCGCGCUGGCCGGUUUCCCCUCGACAGGUUGACAAGGUUCUACAAGCCGGAGGAGAUGGACAAGGCGAGUAAAGAGAUGCACUCGGGGGAGGUCGUCAAGCCUGUUAUCGUUUGGCGCUGA